UGGAUGAAAAGUAGCUACUACAACUUAAAAUACGUGGAAUGAUGUGUAGUUUUUUAAUGUAAUUUCGUAUAGGAUCUCCUAAGAAUCUGUCAAUAAGUAAUAGAGGUAAUGGCGGCUGUGGAACACUCCAGAAUACGAAGCGUAGUUCAGGUACGUAAGCUUGUUUAAGCCUUGUGCAGAGGUCGAAAAUGGGAGAUGUUGUAGUUUGAGUUGUUCGCUUAAAUCUUGAAAGAUUUCAGAAAUCUCUUUUCCGUUGUCUGACGACAAUAGUUCCUUUCCCUUUUUAUAUAUCUUCGAGAUAUAAUUCAGAUUUGUUGAUCACCUAUUUAAGACUUUUUCAAUUGUGAUUAUAAGCUUAUGAGUCCAUUCAGCUUAUAAAUAAUUAUGGUUACUAGCUUUUGUAAAUUUGUCUUUCGCUUGUAUGGUCCCGAGAGAAUCAGUAAGGCUUUAACGUAUUUCGUGUUGUCUGUUUAAGUCUGUUAGACAUUCGAAUUCGCCCGUUGGUGGAACUGCUCAGAGGUCUAGAUCUAGAUCAAGAUCAAGAUCACCACAGGAGAGAUAGUAAGAUUUAAUAACCUAAUAACUAAGCAUGCUUAAUUAUCGUAAGCUUAAAUUAGUAUAGGUAACAGCAUGAUUUGUAGUGAUAUUUGGUAUAAAUACCACAAGUGAUAUUUCAAAACUGUUAUGCGUAAUUCGGCGAGUGAAAUUUGAGACAAUUUUGAAAUAAUAUUAUCACGAGUGGUAUUUAUGCCAAAUAUCAUGUACAAAUCAUGCUAUUAUUUGUUUAUACUACUACCCACAAAAGGUUUGUAAUUUUCACACAAUGUUUCAGGUUUUUAACCUUAAAACGCUUCCAAUCACGAUCACACUCCUCAUCAAACAAUACCUUCGCAUCUACCACUUGAAAUCUGCUUCAAAGAAAUUAAUUCAUGCGGCCUUCUCAAUUUGAGGAGGCAAUGAUCUGAUUGGUGGAAAUCGACAAAAGUAACCCAUGCGUUUACUUUGGAAAUAAAGAUUCCUUUAUUAACAUUAAUUUUUCAGUUCAAGAGAACGUCGUGAUAAGAGAAGAAAUAACGAAGACAAGUCUGGAAGUGACUAUGAUAGGUAUGAAUAGAAUUAAGUAGUUAAUGUAAGUUAAGUCAUAGUUAACCCUUUGUCAAUGAUCUUAAUUCUAAUAAAAUUUUUCUCCUCAAUACAUCCUCUAUCGACAUAGAAGUGAUGUGCUCGCCACUGACAAAUCACGAUAUUUUGCUCAUCCUUGUCCAAUAAUCAUUGUCCUUUGUGCUUCUUGUUGUUUCGCCACUGUACCAGGAGACGAAGAAGAGAAGAUAAGGAAAACAGAAAUAAAAGUGAUGACGAUAAGGAAGAGGACAGAAGACACCCAAGAAGGACACAACAAAGUGAUAGUGAGGAUGAGAGAAAUUCUGAUAGGAGAAAAGAUCGACACAGAGACCGAGAGAGACACAGAAGAAGAAGAUACAGGAGUGAUGAUGAUGACGAUGAUAGAGAAAGGGAGAGAAGAAGAAGAAGAAGAGAACAUGAUGAUCAUCCUGAAAGAAGGCGGCGCAAUACUCCCUCAGAUGAAGAGAGGGAUCAUAGGAGAAAUAGACGUAGUCCUGUAGAGGAUCAGGAGCGAGAUGAUGCACAUGAUAGCAGCAGAACAAGGGGUGAAGAAGAUCAGAAAGCUGGAGAAAAAGAAGAUAAGACAGAGCAGGGUGUGAAGACUGCUAAAAAGAAGGUGGAUCCAAACAAUCCACUUCUAACAAGAACAGGUAGAGAUUCUUGUGAUUAUUUUAUCUCGGUAUUGGCUGAUUAAUAACAUUGAUACAAAGUGUAAUAGGACUGAGUCUGUAAUCAGCGUACAAAGAAAGUCGUGGGCUAGUGGAUUUUGGUUUCAGGCUAGUGAAUUCUGUUCUGAACUUGCCCGAUGGGCAAGUGAAUUUUUUGGGGAAAUUCAAAUUACAGACGGAUCGUAAUCAAUCCUGCUAAUCGAAAAGGGUUUUGGGGCUAGUUGAAAUGACUCGUGGGCUAGUACAUGCUAGCUACAGCUUGCCCGAAUGGCAGGCUGUAAAACUGACUUUCUUUGCACCCUGGUAAUCUUAUGAGUAAUUAACAAAAUCGGACAACCGUGUAGCGGGAGUCCAAUUUGUUUAAUCCCAAGUAUAGACUGAAUUAGAUGACACAAAGUUCUGUUACCAAUUGAUCAUAACUAUAACAAACUAUUUGUGAUAUUUUAGGCUUUUUUAAACUUAAAACACAAGAAAUUCCAAGAGUUUUUCUGCUAGCAGUGAAAGAAAAAACCAUUUAAGUGCCCGUGUGCUAAGACACGCACUGUCCUAUUACACUGUGUUAGUGCUGAAAUCAGGGCAGUUGAUAGCCAGUCAGCAAUAUUGUUUUAAAGUAAGUCUGUGCUGGUUUAAAACCCAACCAAACUAAUGUUAUUAAGAGAGGGUGACACUAUUUUAUAAGUGCCGUUCCUGUUACUUUCUCAGGUGUUCUUGUACAUGAACUGUACACUUUUUAAACCCAACCUUAGGUUGAAAAAUAAUAUUAUUGAUAGCUUCACUUGCCCAUGAAAGUAUUUUCUUUGUCCAAAAACUGGUGAAUGCUUUUAGCCAUAUCAUACAGGGCUCGAACUUGGCGGUGGUCUACUAGCCAAAUACCAGUAGAUUUUGAUUUUUGGCUAGUGGAUUUAGCUCACUUACUAGCCAUCUUGGCUAGUUAAUUUUCGCCCCUGUAAACAACAUAAGCCUUGAAAUGUUUUCAACAUUUUCCCAGUUGAUCCGCACCUUCUAGUAACCUCUUAUUUCAUUCCCCCAUUAACAACUGGCAUAAAUAAAAGAAAGAAAAGUAAUUCUACAUAAGAAUAAUAUUUGUUAAUUCGGUUUUCAGUUUCGUGUUUAUUCGCUGCCAUCUUGAAAUUUUGUACAACCAGGGAGCAUGGGCCAAGCCGUACCUAUGAUGCAAAGCUAGCCAAAAAAGCAAAUGUCCGCCAUCUUGAAAUGUAAAUCUACGAUCACAGUCCACGCGCGAUUGUCAUCGAUAUGCAGUUUUUAUUAACGUUUGAUAGCAACAGGAUUUUUGACAUUUUUAUUUUAUUUUAUGCUGUACAGAAGUGCCUAGACUAGUAGAAACACGUUUAUGGCUAGUAAAGCCUGAGAAUGUACUAGCCAUUUGACUAUUAAGUUCAAAAGUUAAGUUCGAGCCCUGUCAUAAGUUUGACUCUUGAAUCUUUUUGCGUGGUAUAUUUUGUGAUCUUUAUUGCGUUAUUAAUUUUUUCAGGAGGUGCAUAUAUUCCCCCAGCAAGACUCAAAAUGAUGCAACAGAGUAUUGAGGACAAGAGUAGGUGAGUAUUUAGGAGGUAAUAAUAAUCAUAUUGAAAUGGUUAAGAUGGAAUCCAUCAGAAAAUUGAGUAAUUUUAAUUUUCAGUGGGCGCAAGAAUUGUGAAAGCACUGGUAAAAUUCUGAAAAUUUCACGUGCAAGAUGUCAUGUUGUGAAAUUUGACAUAAUAUUUCUCGGGCUCUCACGAGAAAUUUUCUUUGGUGUUAUUACAGAUAACUAAUUACGUCUAUAGUCCGUGAAAAUUUUAAAAAAUGGCCAGGGAUAUUGUUUAAAUAAAAUUAUUCUGGCGCAAGGUUUUAUCCAUUGAAAAUUAAAAUUACUCAAUUUCCUUAUGGAUUUCGUCUUAAAUUGAUAACCUAGCACCUUUAAUUGGGCCACCAUGAUCAUCAUCAUACAAUUCAGGUUUUCUGCAGUUAGUGGCACACAGGACGCCAUUGAAUGUUCUCAUUUUGGGAAUUCUUUUCCCAAAUACCUACCAAAAUUUGAUAUCAUUAAAGAAUAGUUUGGCUGAGUCGUUCCUCAGCCCUGCAAAAUGCUUGAAUUUCUUGGCUGGGUUGUUAGCCAACAUAGUUUUAUGAGGUUGGGUGGAUGUUUACUCCCUAGCUCAACAGGCAACCUGGAGGGUCAAGGGCAGUUGUUUGUUUGGUCUUUAUCCCUCAACCAUUAUUCCCGGGUGCUUUUCAAUUCAAGGGUUUGGCCUGCAAAAAUUGAACAACCAUUUUGGUUUUGACAAUUUUGAAACAAAACCUCUCAUAUGUGAAGAGUAUAUGGCAAUCAGUAUCUUAAUUAUGUCUGGUGUCCAUUAUUUUUGUAAAUUUAGGUCACAAUUAAAUCCAACUUUGCUUAAAGUUGAGCUUGCUGCACUGGUUUUACCAACAAAAAAGAUGUAUUAAAAGGAUCAUUUAGCGCUUUACUGUCCAUCUUGUCCAUAUUUUAAUACAGGGUGUCAUGGAAAUCUAGGUUAGCCUAAUACAGGUUUCACUGACAACUAGUGCAUACACUGUACAUCUAUUUUUACACUGAUUAUAACUGUUUUUCUAACAGUUAAUUGUGACAUACCAGUCCAUGUAUUUAGUGUUCAUCAUUUUUUUUUUCAGUGAAGCUUAUCAGAGACUCAGUUGGGAAGCAUUAAAGAAAAGCAUCAAUGGUCUUGUUAACAAGGUUAGUACUAAACUGUAUUUUAAAAGAGUAAGAUAAGAUAAAGGUACACAUGAGCCAAGAGGCUCUGCCCAUAUCUCUGGAGCUUUACCUGGUUCACACGUGUAGUGUGGAACUUGCUUUUCCCCAGCUCCCUCUUGUACUCCAUCAUCAGUAUGCAGUUUUGUCUUAAUAAUAUUAGAUUUACUCAGGGCUUUAAUUUCAUUAAGAGGCGGGGAUCAGGCUUUUCCUAACUACAGUGCAUGGUUGCUGGCUACUUUCAUGGAACCAAAAGAAAUCCCUAGCUGUUUGAUUCCCUGCCUACUUGUUGUAUUUAACCAGCAACUUGAAAUCUCAGUGACAGCCCCAUUUACUUAAGAUUAUGAUUCCUAGUUUUGAGGAUUAUUUGAUAGGUCUCAACUGGUUCUGAAUUUUUUUUGUUAUUAUUGUAGGUUAACACAUCAAAUAUUGGUAACAUUGUAAGAGAGCUUUUUCAGGAGAACAUUGUACGAGGAAGGUAGGGAUUGAGCAUAAAAUAAUUAAAAUGAUUGAUAAUUAAUAAAAUAAUAUUAUUUCCCAGCAAAUUAUUAAGUUCUCCAUUACAUCCAUGCAAGUGAUUCAAUAUUCAGUCACAAAGUGAAUGCUUAAACCACACAUGAUAUUAUAAGGAAUAUUAGGUAUAUUAGAAUGAUUUUUUCGAGCUUGACAGACAAGUAGUUCCGUCUUUUUUGGAAUGUUAAUGACUGCACAAAUUAUGCCAGCAUUUACUCCAAUCUACAAGGGAUUUUGUUCUUGGUUUUGUUGCAGAGGUGUGCUGUGUCAGUCAAUCAUGCGAGCUCAAGCAGCUUCUCCAACAUUCACUCAUGUUUAUGCCGCACUUGUUGCCAUCCUCAACACAAAGGUUUGUCCGUGCUAGAAAAAAAUCAGUAGUAAGCCUUUGUUGUACUUUCAAAAAUAGUAAAUGAGUCUACAUUUAACUAUGCCAAUUUUUUUUGUCAUCAGUUUCCAAAAAAUGGAGAACUUCUUCUUCGACGUCUGAUUCUGCUGUUUCGACGGGCAUACCGAAGAAAUGAUAAGGUGCUGAUUUGUUAUUUUUCUAUAUUUAUGUUGUGGUUCAAUUUUAUCCUCGGUUUAAAUUUUAUUUUCCUUUGUUUCAAACUCAUUAUCAUACAUUACCAUACCCAAAAACAAAGGGAAAUAAAAUUUAAACCAAGGAUAAAAUUGAACCACAACAUUUACAACAUACAAACUGUACUACUUAACAUGUAAAGUUGUCUUGAAUGUGAUUUCAUGUAACUCUUGAAGUUCCAAGUUCCAGGAGGAAAAGUUCAUACAAUGUAUAAGAUGGCAUGCAUUGUGACUAGGAAAAUAUUGUAGAAUGUUCUGGUGGAACAGUUCUGUUCUGCUUAGAAGCUGUAGAACGAUAUGGAGAAAGCACUAACCAAAACAAACAAUCAAACAAAGAAAUAAAUGUUUCUUGUAAUUUACCCACUGUUAUGGCUUGUGUUUCUACAACACUUUGACAAUGUUAUGAUCCAUAAUUACAUGUACGGUACAUGCAGUGUAACAGUUGCAUAAAAACCAAGGUCAAUUAUUUUAUUAGCUAGAUUAGAUUAUUGUUAUGCAGCACUUCAACCUGUCUCCUUAUCUCUUAUCAUGCUUUUAUUUGUGCCCUGCAUGUAGGCUGUUUGUUUAUCUUCCACAAGGUUCAUCGCUCAUCUUGUCAAUCAGCAAGUGGUGAGUACUCUUCAGGGUGUUUCUUUUUAUUACUAUUAUUAUUCAUUUAUUUAUUUUAUAUUUUCAUAAAGUUAUUUUUUACUAUAUAUUUUUAACCUUUUCAGAAAUAUUACAGUGUAUUUUAAAUGUAGCUGGCUUUAGUUCUCCCACAGUUGUCAGUCGUCAGUGUAUGUUCUACACUACAGUAUCUAUUCAUGGCUGAUUUUGUUUUUUUUUUUUUUACCAAAGAAUCCAAUUAAUAGCAGAUCAUUAUAAGAUUCUGGAAAACUGCCCAGUGAUUUUUGAUUGCUUCCAGUUAUUUUUUUUUUAGAAAAAUGGCUCCUCCAACUUCAUCAGCUUAGCCUUCAAAUCAGGCAUUAUUCUUACCUAUUAAAUAAAUACAUUUUUUUGCAGGCACAUGAGAUCUUAGCCCUGGAGAUUCUGACCUUGCUUCUCCACAAACCCACAGAUGACAGUGUGGAGGUUGCGGUGAGUUCUACGGUGUAUCCUUUGGAAUACUAAGUUUUUGAGCCACAGAUUUGUCAAACGUACAUGUAUAAUUUUUUUAAAACUAAAACUUACUUUGUAAGCCAAAUGCCAUCAAAUUUACCCUGAUUUUUGUAACCCUCAGUUUUUUCCAUUCGAUUGAAGAGCAGGGUGUUCAUUAGGCAUCGGAGAUCGGAGAAUUCUCCAUUUACUAUUAAAAAUUCUUCAGCUAACUUGCUGUAGCUUGUGACUAUUUUUUAGUCCGAUGUGGAGCCUCUUUCAAAAUAUUCUCCUGUAACGUUACACCUUUCUCCUGCUACUAGAAUUCUUCAUGAAAACCCUGGACAGUAAUAGUGUUAUUAGGAUUUUACUUCACAACGUAGAUUUGAUUAUCUGUUAAAAGGCCGGCAGUCUCUUGGACUACAUGAGGUUGAAAUUUAUUAUUUUAAGCAAAAAGAUGUUAUAUUUAAUUUUAUAGAUUGGAUUCUUAAAAGAAGCUGGUAUGAAGCUGACAGAAGUCUCAUCCCGUGGUGUUCAUGGUAUGUUCACUAAAAUAAUAUUACAAUGUCAAGAUUAUUAGUGCUUUCUGAGUAAUCAAAUAAAAAAUAGCAUGUUCAAUCACACCAUCUCUAAGGUAAUAAAAUAACUGAUAACUAAUUAAUCCUUGUGAUAUAAUUCAUGAACUCAGAAGAAGAGCGAUGAAUUUUUUUGACCUCUAAUAAAAUUUUAAUUUUAGGGGAAUCAAAUUAUGUUGGAAAGGCCCUCUCUUGAUUAACAAUUGGUUUCUUAAUUCACAUCACAUCUUCUUUUGUGUCAUCUGUACAUGUAAAUACUUUAUUGGAGAAUUUGCAGUUUAACUUACUCAGCAUCCUUGGUUAGACCAUGAAGGUUUUGCUGUUGAUUUAAUCAUCUGUUAUUGUUUUCUUCAUAGCUGUCUUUGAAAGGCUUCGGAACAUUCUUCACAGUGCUGAAAUUGACAAGCGGGUCCAGUACAUGAUCGAAGUGAUGUUUGCAAUCAGAAAAGAUGGAUUCAAGGUACAUAAUUAUGUUACGUUCCUUUCAAAUUGAAAUGUAUGGGAUGAAUCAAAAUUUUGAACAGUGGAUCAAUAAAAGUGAACAUGAUCUUUGCGGUAGAAUGAACAACCUAAAUGGUUGAAAAUUCAGACUUUCCCCACUCAAGCCUGAAUUUUUUACAUAUCAUUCAUGAUAAAUCAAGAUGUUCAAUUUUGUGUAUUUUAAAUAGGAUCAUGUUGCUGUUCCAGCCGAUUUGGAUCUUGUGGAGGAGGAAGAUCAAAUUACACAUCUACUGCGGCUGGAAGAAGCUGGAAACACAGAAGAUAUUCUAAGUAAGUCAGAUGUCAAAUUUAUUAAUUCUUUUCAGUAACUGACUUUGAACUUUUAGGAUUCUUGCACUGAUUUUAAUGUUUGUAUUAAUGUUAGUGCUAAUAAUUAUCACCUGCUUGUAUGCAGAUAUAUUCAAGUUUGACCCAGACUUCCUGGAAAAUGAAGAUAAAUACAAGGAAAUAGAGAGAGGCAAGUAUUCCUUAAUAAUUCUUGUUUUACUGCAGCCAUCAGUUUUUGUCUAGCACUUUGAAAGAAGAUUAGCAUCUACAAUAAUAACAGCUGCUUGUUAGCAAAAAAGUUGUGGGUCUCCGAAAAUUUUUAACUUGGAGUAUCAAACGUUUUACUGCGAGGUUUAGAGUUUUCCAACAGGUUUUCAGAAAGUCCUGUUUUUGCUUUCUUACACUUCUUCAAUAAUAUUUUUUAUUUAAUGAUUUCUUUUUCAUUUCUGCUGUUUUUCCUUCACAGACAUUCUUGGUGAAGGUGACUCAGGCGAAUCGUCAGAUGAUGAUGAUGACGAGGAUGACGAUGAAGAUGAGGAUGAUGAUGAAAACAAAGGCAGGUUUUUUUUUCAAAACCUUCUCAAUGCUCAGAGCAGUUUAUGUAGAAAUGGUGGUCACUCCAUUAUAACAGAACUGGUGGCGUUUAUUUCUAAUAAAAUGAAAUAUAUCUUUUUUUUUUCAACAGAAGAUGAGAAGAUGGAAAUUAUUGAUCACACUGAAACAAACCUUGUUGCCUUGCGAAGAACAAUAUAUCUCACAAUUCAGUCCAGGUACUGUAUGUCGCAAAAUUUAAUACCCAUAUAGAAAAUUUGGAUAACAAUUGACGAGUAAUAGCAACUAUAUGUAUCAACAAACUCAAAUGGCCUUCUGGCUUUACUGGUAAACUCCAUUUUGUGUCUUCUGUUGUUAAAUAACAAAGAUUUCACACAUUGCUUGUUCCAGUGUAUCUAAUUUUUUGUAUAGGUUCGGGCUUUUCGAAAAAAAAAUGAAGUUGAGAAUGCUUAAAUCAGGAGAUUUAAUGCUCUUUUUUCAUGUUUACCUGUUAAAAUCGCGAAAAUAAAACCCCACGAAAUACUGUCUUGCCAAAAUCAUGAAAUUAAGUACUGAUAAGGUACUGGUAACUAUUAUUUAUAAUUUGAUAUCUUGGGGUAAAGAAUAAAUCUCAUAGCCUUCAUGACGUGGAUUUGACGGAGAAAGGGGGAAUACUGGUACACAAGAACGUGAGGGGCACUAACUAGUUCCCCUCUCUUUCGAAUGCCUGCCAUGUUUGCUAUACCCUGUAUCUGUAGUAGCUAGAACAGUGUUCUUGUUGAAGAGAUUGUGAAGGAUGUGUUUUUUGUUCUUAUUAUUUCUUAUUAUCUUUGCAGUUUGGAUUUCGAAGAAUGUGCUCACAAGCUUCUGAAAAUGCAAAUUAAGGAUGAGCAAUUGGUGAGUUACUGUACAAUACAUGGACAGUUAGUAAUGGUAACAGGACUGAGUGGAGUCCAAUUCGGUCUGUAAUCAUACGAGUGAUUAACAAAAUCGUAUGACCGCAUAGCAGGAGUCCGAUUUGUUUAAUCACAAGUAUGAUUACAGACUGAAUUGGACUCCACUCAGUCCUGUUACCAAUUAAUCAUAACUUUUAAACAAAAUUUGUGAUACCUAUAUAAGGCUCUUUGUUAAAUCAAAACUGAAGAAAUUCCAUUUUUUUUUUGCCAGCAGUGAAAAAAGCCAUUUAAGUGCACGUGUGAUGGCACGUACAGUCCAAUUACUUGGCAUGACGCGCACUGUCCUAUUAAAUAAUAAUAUUGUCCUAUUAAGGCUGAAAUCAGGGCAGUUGAUAGCUAAUCAGAUUUGAGAAUUUUGUUAUAGUUAUGAUUACGGUACUAAUAGUAAUAGCAAAAAUAAGUUUUGUCCAACUAUGUUGAUAAAGUACGCGUAGAUUUGCCAACCUAGGGGAAUUGAGAAGCUGAUGUUUUGAACACUGGCUAGCCUAUCAUCAGAGCUAAACAAAGCCAGAGGAUUAUGCAUUGUGUGUGACUUUUAAACAGGAUGUUGGAGCUAUGCUAUUGGCCAGCGGGAAUGUGGUAACAGGAAAAACAAGAAUAAUAAAUUAGUCAAAUUAAAAGGACUCAUUGAUUCCAGGGAAGAGUGCCAAUUUGAAAGAAAAAUUUUGCUGUAGAUUUUACCAGCUUUCUGUGUUGCCUUGGUGAAGAGAGUUAUCACUGUUUGCCAUAUUUUUGCUGGAGUGAAAUACUACAAAUAAGAUCUCAUGAUUGUCAAAUGCUUUCUCCACUGUCACUGGUGUAAUAAGAAGAUUUCAUCUAUGAAGAACAGUGUGCAGAGAACUACUUAACAAGUUGAUUAAUAGCAUUUUGACUUUUGUUUUAAUGCACUGUGGUUCUCAUCUUUUUCCACAGCCAGAGUUCUGUACAAUGAUCGUUGAUUGUUGUGCCCAGCAGAGAUCAUAUGAAAAAUUCUUUGGUUUGUUAGCACAGGUUAGUUUCUUUUAGAAAGAUUACAACCCACCAAAUGACCAAUACAGCCAAAUCUUAUUGCUCCCUUCCACCUGAGAGAGAGUCUCUCUCUUGAAAUGCCCCAGUAACUAUGAGCAAUGAGAGACAUCUGUUUUGACAGGCUUGUACAAUAUAGGUUUAAACCAGGCAGAAGCUUCUUGGUGCCAGUGAGUAGUAAUCCUGGAGAGAUGCAAUAGUCUUCUCAAAAAGCAGUUUCAGUUUAAAAUACAGUCGACUCUCUCUUAACGGACACCUCUGUAAAACGGACACUUAGAGUUGGUCCCUGCCUUUCUUUCCUCCCUCUAUUUGACUCUCUAUAAGACGGACGUCUCUCUAAGACGGACAGCUAGUGCCGGUCCCAAAGGUGUCUGUCUUAGAGAGAGUUGACUGUACAUGUGGACUGCAAAUAGUUUUCAUCUUGCGAAUCAAGACCCACAUGUUAUUUCAGUCUAAUAAAACAAUUAUCAGAUGACAUAAAUCACUUUACAUUAUUGAUAAUUUUAAAAUUCUACUCUUGCCUUUUGUUAUAGAGAUUCUGUCAGCUGAACAAGUCAUACAUGGAGGAAUAUGUCAAGGCAUUCAAUGAUCAAGUGAGUAAAUCCACGACUGAUAAAAAUGAAAUGAUUUGAGGCCCUAAUAUGAAAAAAUUCACCACUAUAGUAUAGACACAAGAAGUAAACUGGGGAAAAAUUAAGUUUCUGCAAAGAAUUCUGGGACUUUUAGUACUAAGGGACAGGGAAAAAAUGGCCCAAUAGCUGACCGACGUGUCCUCGGUAAUAAUCCCAGAAGUCUUUGCAAAAGUUAACUUCGCUCAGUCUCCUUCAAGUUAUGAAGUGGCAAAAUUUAAUGAAGAGCAGCUAUGGAAAAACUUAAUAUUAUUUUAUUGUCAAUAUUCUAGAGAAUGGGAAUUGAGACCUGCCCAAAACAUGGUUACUAUGUUGUCUAAACUGGGAGAACUAUAGGUUGUAUCAACCAGAUUGCAAAAGAUUGACUGAAUGUUAACCACAAAUGCGAAAACUUUAUGUACUACACUUUGCUUCAACGUUUUUGUGUUUAAUAGAUGUUCUUGUGGUCUUGCUUUAGUAUGAUACCAUUCAUCGCCUUGAAACAAACAAGUUGAGGAAUGUUGCCAAGUUCUUUGCCCAUUUGCUGUUUACAGAUGCCAUUCCUUGGACGGUAAGUCUACCCAGCAGGCCUGGUGAGAUUCAAAUCAUCACUCAGUUAACCACGCCUACUGAAAAUUUGUGAAAAUACCACAUUGCUUUUUACUUUGUUGCAUGUCUUGAAACCAAGUGAUUUGCUGUUGUAAAAUGACUUAUUACAAGACAUUUCUUCCAGCUCUUGUAAAAUUCAGUUAAAGAUAAUUUCAAACUUAAAGUAAGGUAUUAAUCGAAAAUUCAUUUUUGUGCAGUUUGGCAUAGUCUUGAGGCUUAAUACUUUUUGUUGCUGUAUUUUAGGUUCUGGCUUGUAUCAAAUUAAAUGAAGAUGACACCACUUCCUCCAGGUUUGUUAAACCCUUUUCCUUUCUGGGGACCUAAUCAAAAAUGCUGUUCGUAGCUCGUCACUGUCUAGCGAAAAGGAGCAAAACUUUCCGAAGUAUUGUUAACAAGUCAAGAAUUUUUUUGUGUAUUUAUGAGUUUGCCUUUGUUUGGCAGGCAGAAUUUCGAGAUAGACCAGCAAAAUCUUUCGCUUUUUUUACUAAAUGUCUUCUCCUAUGCAUCACCCGGACUCUGUAAAUAUGUUUACAUUUCUUCUUUUGAAUAUGUUGCGUGGUUUUUUUUCCAGUCGAGUCUUCAUAAAAAUCUUAUUCCAAGAGCUUGCAGAAUACAUGGGUCUUCCUAAACUCAAUGAACGUCUGAAAGAUCCGUAAGUACUUUGAGUGUUGAAGUUGUGUUUAGUUUAAUCCUACACUUUCCUAUUGGUUAUCCUUGCUAGUACAUCAAUAUGUACAUUGAUCAGUAGCUUCUACAUAACAAUAAGAUUCUAGGAAGACACACCCACCCCUUCCCUCAGUUUACGUUAACACUAACAUCACACUUAUGGCAAAGUAUUGGUUUAGGGGAGGGGUAGGUGUAGUAUCUUAAUCUCUUUGGAUCUCGUUCAUAGCCAGUCACAUGCUAUUUUUAGAGUGAAAACACUUAGGAAAACUAGCAGAAGGUAGAUAACGAACCAGACAGGGAGGUUAAAUUUACGAAGACCCGACGGUAGGUGGGCAUUGUGCUAUUGAAGGGAUCUUACACCAGACUAAUUCUACUGAUUCAUUCAUUUCAGAGUAAUUCAUUCUACAAUCGAAUGUCUUUCUUGCCUUGACAGGUUCCUUGCUGAGUAUUUUGAAGGAAUCUUUCCCCGCGACAAUCCUCGUAACACGCGUUUUUCGAUCAAUUUCUUCACUUCUAUUGGACUGGGUGGAGUCACGUGAGUACUGAGCUGUAACUACAUUGUUUUGAAACCAGCCGUGCAUCGCUUAAUGAUGAUGAUGAUGAUGAUCAUCAUCAUCAUCAUUUAUUCAUUUAAGUGGUAUCCUGCGUAACAAGCGUUUCCGUUUGGUUUCGGAGCAAAGAAAGACCGAGGAACGGGAUUCUCGGUUUUGGCCGCGCGAGAAAUGAAACGAGAGCCACCCCGCUCUUUUACUUGUGCCAUUUGACUCUCGGUCCUCGUUCCUUGCUCCUAAACCGCACGGAAACGCUUGCUAUGCAGGCUGGUCAUGCCUGGCCUUUCAGGAUUGUGAGGAGUGAUAGACAGUGAUACUGAGUUCCCCACUCGGUAGUUAGGCGGCAUAACAAUCAAAGAGAUGAGGUGGUGGCCUGAGUAUUAAGCCCUCGGGAGGAGAGGGUAGGAAAGGUUGGAAGGAAUGGCCCUUCCCCUUUUCACCUCCUUCCCCUCCCCUCCCCUCGGGGGAGAGAUAUUAUUUGCUUUUCCAUCAAGUUGUUUUUGAUGCAAUGGAUUAUUGCAUUAUUUUCUCAACACAAAGGCUGUUUUCUCUAUGAUGUUGCAACAUACUGAUAUUGUCUAUGUUGUGAUCCAGGGAUGAACUAAGAGAGCACUUGAAAAAUGCCCCUAAAAUGAUCAUGGCCCAACAGCGAGCUCCGGCGAGUGACAGUGACUCGGAUUCUUCUGAUGAUAGCAGCGGUGAAGGUGGGUCUGAGCGAGCAAAUUCUUUUGACUGGCUGUUUCUGCUAUCGUGUAAAGGCAAACCCCAUCUUCCGUGAGCGGUUGACGCCAUUUUCAGCGCUGUUAGAAUAAUGUUGGCACUAUUAUUGAAAAUCUCCACAAUCCACAAUUAAACUAGAGCUCUUUUGCCAGUGUCUCUCAUACUCAUCAAUACACCUUCACUUUGUUCAACGUCUCUGCAACUUACCAUGCUAAAAGGCAUGGUACCACUGUGUGGUAUCGGCUUGAGAGUACAUUGCUUUUCAAAAAUUAAGCGUCUGUACUUCAGGGAGCUUUUUUGGUUAAGGUUUUGUGCUAUAAAGUCUCCUCUGCUCCGUCUUCCCUUAUUGUCGAGGAGCAGAUACAGAAAACUGAAAAAGAGGAAGCCUGGGCCAGCUGAAUAGAUACUAUUUAUUUAUUGCAUUAAGAACCCUAAGAGCAUCUGUGUCAAAAACGUUAGGUCCUAUAAGAGAUUUUACAGAACACGCUAUCUCAGACAAAAUUUAGGGCGUGGGGUCGUGGCCCCCUUGGCUUUUUCUCAAUCCACCUGUGGGGGUAGUUCUGAGGCACAAUUUACGGUCUCUACGGCUUUUUGUACCCCUCUUUUUUUCUUCUACGUGUUGGUUAAACUUCCAGUUUUUGCUGCAUUUUUAGAUGCGCCUGAGAUUAAGUAAAGGUAUUACUUGUUGUCUCUGCAGAUAGUUCGAGUUCGGAAGAAUCAUCCGAAUCUUCGGAAUCAUCCGAGGAGUCAUCGGAUGAUGAUCGAAAGAAGAGGUCAGUAGUCCUUUGUUCUUCUUAUUUUCUGAUCUAAAAUUCACUCUUAAAUGCAAAACUGGUUGUUAUCCCUAUUUUUUUGUGUUGACGUAGGAGUUAUAAGACGACUUUAGUCUUUAAAGUUAACUCAAUUCAAGAGGCCAGAAUCUGUACUCGCUGUUUAACCCCUGGUUCUGGGUCUUUAUCCAAUGUUUGUCAAUAUUAGUUUGGAAAUUAAGUCUUGUAACUUCAGCGAUUCUCAUUGUAGUUAUAAAUAUUACAACGCAGGGAAUUGUGUUUUUAAGUAUAAACAGUUUGUAACUCGUUAAUUCCUUUUAUAUUUUUCGUGGCAAGAGUCAUAAUUCAGUAACACAAUACACGUUUCAUUUUUAGGCGUAAAAAGAAGGAAUCGCAUAAGAGGAAAGACAAGAGAAAGCCCAAGAAAAGACGGUGAACGUGUUUUAUUCAAAAGAACACUUUCGCAGAAAGAAAACUUGUUGUCGUGUCUUUCCUGCUCACGUGAACAUGCCAGUCAACAGAAAAGUUAUCUUUUAUAACUGGGCCUAGUUGCGCAAAUCUUUAACUUCUGCCGCAAAUGUUCAUGUCUGAUGUUCAGUCCAUUCAGUCAAACUCUUUGUAACGCCAGACAUUAGUAGUAACGUCUGAAGUUACAAUUUUUGUAAAUGGUCCCUGGAUUGCUACGUCAUGUGAAAUGACAAUGACCGGAGAAGAGACAGAGUGGGGUGGGGUGGGGGUGAUUAAAAGGGUGUGGGUGGCUGCACUUCUCUUUCCCUCUCUGGUACAAUGGAGUUUGCUGCGACGUUAUCAUCAUUUAGAACACUUACUAACGCCUUUUAGUUGGACACUCUUAAGUGGCGCUCAAAUACAUCCGCAGAUAAACGGUUAGCAAACAAGAGUUUCAAGCAAAUUUUAUCGCUGCAGCUUUUACUCAUAUCCUAUUUCCUAUCUUAGAAUUGUAAAUAAAAUUCAGUGAGCUGUUUUAAUUUUCUAGUUGGUGUGCUGACCCGUCCCAAGUACUAUUGCGAACCGUGCGUGACAAGGGACAG